AUGGGUCUGGCAUACAACGUGUAUCUCACCUCCAACAAAAUCUUUGGGUGCAAGCAAUGCAAAACGCAUCUUGCUGAUUACGAUGAUAUCAUCAGUCGGAACUUCCGUGGCCAGCAUGGCAAAGCGUACCUUUUCAAUAACGUGGUCAACAUAACGCAGUCCGAGGCUGUCGAGCGUAGCAUGACGACCGGGCGGCAUAUCGUGCGGGACAUCGCCUGUCGGCAAUGCAGAGAAACGGUAGGGUGGAAAUACGACAAGGCGUACGAGACCAGCGAGAAAUACAAGGAGGGCAAGUUCAUCCUGGAAGAGGAACUACUCUGCGUGGUGUGCUAG